AAGAAGACUGGGCAGUGUGUACAACAUCCGCGCAUGCGCAUCCAGUUACAUCCAAAUAAUGGAGGCUGUUUGAAAUGUCGCCUGGAAACUGUAGCUAAUAUGUUACUGUGACUAUUUAAAACCAUGCGAUGGUAUUGCAUUUAAUAUUUACCAGCCAUUUACGUUUGCAGAGAGCGGUCACUAUGGACAACAGUGUUGAUAGUGCUGAGGAAGUGGAGACUGAGAGAUCCUCAUCUCCAACUGGAAUACAGUCUCCUAUAAUGGACCGAAACCCAUCACCUCCCCCAGACGCAGAUGAUGGAGAAGAGGACGGAGAUUUGGAUGCCAUUGGAGACACCGUUUACAGCAAGCACUGGCUUUUCAGCACACUGACUCGUCUCAUCCAUAUGGUGACAGAGCAUUCGGAGGUGGACUCUGAAGGUCAAAUGCAGCUCCCUGAAGAUGAUGAGGAAGAUCUAUGUAGAGUCUGGGAUAUGGCAAUGGAUAAGGAUGUGGCUGGUUUUCUGCAGGAAUUUAAAGCUACAGAUAUCCUUCUUGGGGUGAUAGCCAAAUCUCGUAGUCCACGUCUCACAGAAAUCUGUGUGGGAAUCCUUGGGAAUAUUGCUUGUUUUCCUGACACUUGUCUGACUCUUAGCCAAAAUGAAGACUUAAGUGCGGUGCUGUUGCUUUUGCUUGGAGAUACAGAUCCACCGACCCUUCUGGAAACAAGCAGAUUGCUGCUGACCUGCGUCUCUCAGAAAGAUGUCUGUUCCCUGUGGCUUCAGCGAAUACAUCAGCAGACGUCUGUGCGGUCCAACCUUCUUUUCAUCAUGUGCAGUUCUACCAACACUGACCUGCUUGAGAAGGUUGGAGAGUUGAUUGACAAACUGUUUGACCUUGACGAAGAGCUGAUGAAGAGUUGGAUCACAGUUCAACCAAGUGAGGAGGAAGAGGAGGAGGAUGACGAAAGACAUCUGGAUGUGGCCUUGUGUCUUCUUGAGGCAGCCAAGCAGCUUAGAUCAGAGAGUCCAAAUGGCUUAGAGGUUUACCUUCACACCCUCCAACUCCUCACCACCAUAGAUGAGGGCAUUCAGACUUUUGCUGCCCCUGAUGGACCUGGCAAAGCAGUGUGGGACUUUGUCUGUGACGUAGUGUGUGAGGACCUCUGUCAGCCAACUGCUCUUCCAGUUGUCUUGCAAGAGCAGAAGACCAUUUUGGUUCAGGCGUUUGCUGUGCUGCAGGCUCUUUAUAGAUACAAGGAUCAGUGGCGCAGCAGAAGUGAGACAAGUCUUCCCCUUAUCGGAACCAUUUUGCGGGUGCUUCAGUACCACAGUGAGGGCAAAGAUGACGAUACCAGCAAAGACAACACAGAAGAUGAACAGCUCCAGACUCUAGCAGAGAUCACAGCUGAGUUUCUAGCUGAUAUCUGCGUUCAGAUUUCCAAAGACACCUUGGCAGAUUUGGUGAAGAAAGGUUACCUUACAGAGAGGACUGCUCUCACGGCUGCACGCAGUUUAGUUCUAAACUUUAAGACUUCAUUUCAACACCUGUACUCCAUGCUGUCAGAGAUUGAUCCCCAAAUGGCAGACAUGGUGAGGAAACAGUUUCCUGUCUGAGGUGCCCAGCAGAUCAGAGUUCAGCACUCAUCCAGACUCUCACCACUGCUUUUUAUAGCAGCCUCUAUUUCCCCUCCAAAGAUCCUGUUUCAACUCACAAUAUUUAGAUUUCCAUUGGAAAGAGCCUAAAUGAGGAUGUCACACCACCACAAGUGU